ACUUAAUGCCUAUGUGUUGCACAUUGGGCGAUACACAGUGGACAAUUUAUAAGCUUCAUACAUAAGAUACCAGUAGAGAAAAAAUAUCAAAAUGCCUGACACUCCAGUAUCCGAGGACCCUAGCUACUGGUCAAACAGUCCCUUUUGGCUGCAGAAAAUCAAGACCUACUUUAACCUCCUUGACGAUAACAACGAUGGCUUGAUCAUUAAAGAUGAAUGGGAUGAAAUAACCGCACGAUUUGUCAGUUGUUCCCCAGGGUACAACAAGGACGCGAUAAAGAAAGCUCGCAACGUCAUGUGGGCCUCUUUUCGUGCCGGUGACGCACAAAUCGUCACUUUUGGGAUGUUCAAGAAAUGUCAAGCCUUCAAACAAGUGCUCUUUGAAAAUGACAUGGAAGCCAGUAAGAAUUUCACACGAGCGUUUUUCAAUGUCUUUGACACUGACCGCAAUGGACACAUCGACCAAUCAGAAUAUAAGAAAUAUCUGGAGUGUCUGGGGAUCGAUCCAGGGUUUUCUGAAGUGGCAUUCAACUCAAUUGAUACCAACAAAGACGGGGAGAUCACCUAUGAAGAGUUUCAUGAGGCAUUCCUUGAUUUCUUCCAUGGGUUGGACAGAGCAGGAUGUGGAACAUAUUUAUAUGGACCCAUACCUGAAGUUGAAAGUGAAAACUCUUAAAGUGAACAGAGUUGGAUGAUUUGAGAUCAAAAAGAAGCCUUGUGAUGAAGGAUGAUCUAAUUAAAAAAGUUAUCCAUUUAAUCUUAAUGAUUUAAUAGCAGCUUUGUAUCAAGCCCUUGUUAACAACCUCAUUAUACCUUCGGUAAGAAACAGUAACAUUUGACAGCAUUAACUAACAAAAUACACCAACAAGGCAUUAACAUGCAAA